CGCGCAACAAGGUCUCACAGAAAAGUAUCACGCCAGAAGGUCUCUUGCUGCAGGGCUUCACCGCCCUCGAGUCCUUGAAGCCGCACUCUGCGAUGCAUGCGGACUGGCAGCACUUGUUGGAACGGCUGGAACAGUUGACUCUGGGUGCUUCUUCCGGUACUGCAAAACAGCCGUAUGAGGUAAACGGUACCAGUGGGGAAGCUGCGCUGUCAUUGGAUGUGGGCAGUGAGGAUGCGCCUAAACGGUGCGUUACCCCGCGUUUGUGGCUAGCCGCCCAAAACGACGGUGAAUUGCCAAAGUACAACUCGCUCGUUUCGCAGGUCGACAAGUAUUGCAGAAAGUCUACCGCGACGUCGGGUUCUAGUCCGCCUACGAUGGCUUCCGACAAAGGGUCAACGUCAUCCCUCUCUGUUCCGGCUUAUGAGACAGAUGUACCAAUCGACCUCUUUCCAGAAGAAUCCACAUCCCAGCCGUCGCCUACUACUCUCGUGACCUCGUUGGCCCGCUCAGGUUUUCCUCCAAAGAAGGAACCACCACCGCGUCAUCCCGCCAGCAAUUUGCAUGGCACGUCUAUCGAUGAAAAUUCUGCUCAGGAAGUCAUUAUCAAACCACUCAGAACGCCCAAAUCUCCUUCAUCUGUCAUGCAAGGGAGGGACCUGCAGGGACCACUACCUGUCCUGCAGCAUCCUCGGAUGCAACCCACCCAUCGUCAUUCCCGAUCCCUUCCUGUGCUGAGGCCGGUCACCAAAAUAUCGGCACCUCCCCCGCUGCCGCCGUUGGACCUGAAACGGACCACAAGUAAGAACGUGCGGCACUCGCUCUCCUAUAAUGGUAAAAAUCACGUCUAUUCUCCGCAUAUCCCGUGCGUGCCCGAUGUUUACUUGUGUAUCAACUCCUCAUACUCAUUCCCUUGUCCAGAGAAUCGAACUCCAAAACUUGAUACAGAACUCAGUAAUGCACAAAGACGUCCAGAGCCAAGAUCUCCGACGAGACCGGAUCCACAAGAGCGUUGGACGAUUCACGACCGUGAUUCAUGGGAGGUCGUCCCGCCCGUUCCACCUUCCAAAUCUCCUCGUCAUUCCUCCACUCACUUGCCCCAUUCUUCGAGCGGGGAGCCGACAUCCCCCACCGGCUCUAGUAAACCCCGUGGACUUGGCCUGUUAAGGAGACGACUGUCGAAAACCCAAUUAUCGAUCAAGACCGGCCCGCGGGCGUCCAUCUCCAACCUCGGUUCUCCUGGCCAUCCCUUACCGAUUCCGGUGAAUGUGAAUACUGUGGUCAUGGGUCCGAUAGGCUGUGGCGUGUCCACGCUUAUCCAAAAGUUCAUGGCAAACGAAUUCUACCAUCAUGUUGUCAAGUCAGAAUCGAGAACAGUGUACUAUAAUAUUACAGAGGUGACGGGGUCGGAAGAGUAUGUCGAUCUCCGCCGAGCAGUGCUCCGGAGGGCUCAAGUUGUCAUUCUUUGUUUCCGAUUGGAUUCACGGACUCAGUUUCGCGAUGCGAUUGUGCGGCUGGUGGAGGAUAUUCAUACCAUUGGAGAAAUUCCCAUCAUACUCGUUGGCACUUUUCAGGACAUUGCCGAUAGAGAAGCCCAAACCGCUGCAGAAGCACUUCACGCCAGCUACUUUGAAUGCAGCCCUUUGCUCUCCCAUGGGAUAAACGAGAUAUUCAACCACGCUGCCGACAUUCUUCGCAAUGCGGAUGAAAUCAGACCUCCUGCAGCGACAGCUAUGCAACCUCCUUCCGCCACCAAAAAUCUCUUCAACCUCGUGCGCAACCGGAGGGCAUAUUCCACAUCCAGUCCAAGAAUGAAGAGCCAGAAUCACUAUGUUUCUCAUUCCGCUUCUUCAAAACAACAAACUUUUGCGGAGGCAACAACGCCUGUUCCCGUGAUGAAUAUUGCUCCCAACUCUCCCGCCAUCAAUGGUAAUGUGUUAUUGCUCAGUCCUCAACACUUCAAGUGUGUUAUCAUGGGCGGGAAAUCUAGCGGCCGCAAAAGUCUGGUACAUAGAUAUCUUCAUGGUGCCUUUGAAUGGCUGCCGGAGGUACCGUGGAUGACCUGGAAAGCUGCCGUCAAUGUCGUUCCUUUGGAGAACGAACGCCGUCCCAGCUUACCGAUUAUUGGUAGUACGGUCCCGUAUGCUCUGACAAUCUCAGAGACUGCACCUAUCAGGGAGCUAGACUCGCUCAGAAAAAUCACAUACAUCGGAACUAGUGUUUUCGUUAUUUGCUUUAGCGUCUCAGACCACAGGGAGGAAGUUAUGCAGGAAAUUCAAGAAAGGUGGGCAGAGGAAUGUCGACUAUACAAUCCUACCAUUCCCAUCAUUGUUGUCGCUACCAAAGUGGACCAGCGGGCAGGAACUCUGCGAGCUUGGACCAAAGCUCAGGGAGAGGCGCUAUCUCGUUCUAUUCGCGCGGCAGCAUACCUCGAAUGCUCGGCCGCGACGGGUGAGGGCAUAGAAACGGUCUUCCAAACUAUCAUCCGCGUCGCGACGGAGACUCAUCUUCCAACUCGAGUGUAA